UAUUUGACCAACAGUGUUUUUCCUACUCCCCAGCCUCUGAAGAGAAUAAUUCCCACACCUAUGGCUGGGGUUCUGCGCUCAGUAUUUCAGAGGCCUCCAGGCAGACUACAGACUGUGAAGAAAGGUGCAGAAUCUCUCAUUGGUACAGAGUGGAUUCGUCACAAAUUUACCAGAUCAAGAAUUCCAGAUAAAGUAUUUCAGCCUAGACCUGAAGAUCAUGAAAAAUACGGUGGAGACCCCCAAAACCCCCAUAAACUGCACAUUGUUACAAGAAUAAGAAGCACAAAGAGGCGUCCAUACUGGGAGAAAGAUACGAUCAAGAUGCUGGGACUGCAGAAGGCACACAGCCCUCAGAUCCACAAGAACAUCCCGUCAGUGAAUGCAAAGCUAAAAGUGGUUAAACACUUGAUACGCAUCCAGCCCCUGAAGCUGCCACAGGGACUUCCCACAGAAGAGACCAUGUCCAGCACGUGCCUCAAGAGCACUGGGGAGUUGGUGGUGCAGUGGCAUCUGAAGCCUGUGGAGCAGGAAGCAAAGUCCUGAGGCCGCACAGAUUCAGGCACAGAUGGACUUCCUGAGGAAACCGUUCUCAUUAAAGUGUGUUAAUCCAGU